AUGUUGAUCACCUUGGACUUUUUCCCCAGGGGCAAGAGCUCCAAACCUUCUCUUUUUUUGUUCGACCCUGUGGAUGUGUCGGGCGCCAGUGGCAGGGAAGUGACUGGAGGUGAGGAGGUAGUUAAGGUUGAGACAGGACGUUGGGUCCCAGAGGCAGAGGAGGCGCCUGACCCGUCGUCGGCCAUGCGAGGCGCUGCCUCCGUGGCAGUCAUCUUGAUGCGAGUCGGACAUCUAGCGUGUGCUUUGCCCUUGUUGGGAGCUGGUUUCGAGGCGCGCGUACGUGGCGCGGUGGGGUGCGCUCCAACACGCGAUCUGAUCAAGAUUAGUUGGCUUAGGGAUCAUUUCAACAAUCUGCCGCCAAAUGCAUCAUCAGAGAUUACAGGGCAGUUUGCACGAGCGUAUGCCCUAUCUUUGAUGGGGUGUAUGAUGUUCCCCGAUCGCACUGGAGUUAUAGUUCAUCUGCAGUAUCUACUCAUGUUGGAGAAUUGGUGGAUCGCUGGAGGCUACGCUUGGGGUGCAGCUAUUCUAGCCUACCUGUACCGUGAGAUGGGUAGGUCGGUUCUGCAUAUGACGCAGUCCUCUUCCACCGGAGGUGACCUUGGUGGCUGGGUCACCUUGCUGUAG